ACGACGGGAGUGCGGCCCCCGGCGCCAAGAGCACAUCACUGACUGGAGCGGAGAGGUCGGAACACCACGGAGAGGCGCGCGCACCGCGUACAGUCCUUGGCUUGGAUCUACGGACAGGCAGUCCGUGCAGCGCUUUGCGGACAAGCCAAUGAUAAUAGUCAGCGAGUCUGAGAACGGCACAGAUCAUUCACCUGACGGUUGAGCCACUGUGGACAGACAGUAGACAUGGCUAGAUAGUGGACUAGUAUAAAGAUCUACUGGCUGGAGUCCAGCCCUUUGUCUUUUCUAGAUCAACUGGCUGUGUCAGUGAAAGAAAUUUCUUACAGCGAAAAUUGUGUUAUCGACUGAGUUAUUCUUUGGCCUAGAGGUGGAAAGUCUUGCAGUUUGCUAAGUGGAGAUGGUAGCGGUGCUUGCUGAGUGAGAGUCCACGCUACGUAUGGUGCCAUUGGUGGUGUAACCAUGGCUACGGAGAGUCUCAGCAAGGAAGAGUACCUGCUCCGCCUUGUAAAGAGUAACAAUCAUGAAGAAUUGAGGAAGGAAAUCCUUCACGAGGACAUCACAUUGAAGGAGGCUAUAGCAAACUUGACAUACACCAACGAAGAGGGAGAGAAGGAACCAUUAGUGGGUCGGUUGCUAUUCAAUGCCUGCGAUGAUGGCCGGCUGGAGUGCGCCUGCAUCCUUGCGGACUGUUGCGGAGAAACGAUGAUCAACCAGUGGUAUCGCUAUACUGACGAAAAUGGUAUACGGCGGCGCACUCCACUACAUAUGGCAUGUCGGAGGGGUCACAUUGAUAUUGCCAAGCAUCUUGUCAAGUGUAAAGCCAACGUGGACAAGACUGACAAUAACGAUGUACUUCCUGUUCAUAGCACUGCCUGGGGAGGACAUCUGGAAGUAGUCAAGUAUCUACUAGAUCUCCAACCCGACACGAUCUCUGUGCAGGGCCACAACGGUUGCCUUCCUGUUCAUUUCGCUGCCUCAGAAGGACAUCUGGAAGUAGUCAAGUAUCUACUAGAACUCCAACCCGAUACAAUCUCUGUGAAGAGCAGUACCGGUGAUCUUCCUGUUCAUGACUCUGCCAGGAAUGGACAUCUGGAAGUAGUCAAGUAUCUACUAGACCUCCAACCCGACACGAUCUCUGUAAAGUGCAAUGGCGGUAGUCUUCCUGUUUAUUGCGCUGCCGCAAAUGGGCAUCUGGAAAUCGUCAAGUAUCUACUAGAUCUCCAACCCGAAACGAUCUCUGUGAUUGGCUAUAACGGUAACCUUCCUGUUCAUGGCGCUGCCUUUAAAGGGCAUCUGGAACUUGUCAAGUAUCUACUAGAUCUCCAACCCGAUACAAUCUCUGCAAAGAACAAUACCGGUGAUCUUCCUGUUCAUGACUCUGCCAGGAAUGGACAUCUGGAAGUAGUCAAGUAUCUACUAGACCUCCAACCCGACACGAUCUCUGUAAAGUGCAAUGGCGGUAGUCUUCCUGUUUAUUGCGCUGCCGCAAAUGGGCAUCUGGAAAUCGUCAAGUAUCUACUAGAUCUCCAACCCGAAACGAUCUCUGUGAUUGGCUAUAACGGUAACCUUCCUGUUCAUGGCGCUGCCUUUAAAGGGCAUCUGGAACUUGUCAAGUAUCUACUAGAUCUCCAACCCGAUACAAUCUCUGCAAAGAACAAUACCGGUGAUCUUCCUGUUCAUGACUCUGCCAGGAAUGGACAUCUGGAAGUAGUCAAGUAUCUACUAGACCUCCAACCCGACACGAUCUCUGUAAAGUGCAAUGGCGGUAGUCUUCCUGUUUAUUGCGCUGCCGCAAAUGGGCAUCUGGAAAUCGUCAAGUAUCUACUAGAUCUCCAACCCGAAACGAUCUCUGUGAUUGGCUAUAACGGUAACCUUCCUGUUCAUGGCGCUGCCUUUAAAGGGCAUCUGGAACUUGUCAAGUAUCUACUAGAUCUCCAACCCGAUACAAUCUCUGCAAAGAACAAUACCACCCAGCACGCGGACUGCGCCACCACGGUUGGCUUCAGAGACCCAGGAGUGGUUGAGAGACGUGAGAAGGUCAGAUGUGCUGAGCCCCUGCCGGAAUCCGUACUGGUGGAUGGACAGGGCCUUUUCAUGCUCAAGAUGAUUGAUUAUGGCAGUGUUGACAAUCUUCUCCAUGACUUUGGAGACAACAGAUAA